AUGGCUUCCUCAUUUCAUUGCCUUCUCUUUUGCUCACUGGUCCUCCAAAUCAUCACCACCACCCCCUCACUAGCCAAAGCUGCAUCUUUCAGACCCAAGGCCCUUGUUCUUCCAGUCACCAAAGACCCUUCCACUCUCCAAUACCUCACCACCUUCAGCCAAAGAACCCCUCUUGUCCCCAUAAAACUCACUGUCGAUCUUGGCGGUCAAUACCUUUGGGUUGACUGCGAACAAGGCUACGUCUCAUCCACCUACAAGCCUGCUCGUUGCAACUCUGCCCAGUGCUCAUUGUCAAACUCCAAGGCGUGUACGACAGAGUGCUACUCUUCCCCCAAGCCAGGAUGCAACAACAACACAUGCAGUCUCUCCCCCGAUAACACCGUCACCAGAACCGGCACGAGCGGUGACCUUGGCCAGGACAUUGUGUCACUCCAAUCCACAGAUGGGUUUACUCCUGGUAAGGUUGUUUCUGUCCCCAAUUUGCUCUUCACUUGUGGUUCCACAUUUCUGUUGGAUGGCCUGGCCAAUGGUGUCAAGGGCAUGGCUGGCCUUGGCAGGGCUAAAAUUGGGCUUCCUUCCCAAUUUUCUUCAGCCUUUAGCUUCCAUCGAAAAUUUGCAAUUUGCUUGUCCUCUUCAAAUUCUAAUGGUAUUGUCAUCUUCGGGGACGGGCCUUAUAGUCUGCUUCCCGGAAUUGAUGUCUCCAAGUCACUUAUUUUCACCCCAUUGAUCCUCAACCCUGUUAGCACUGCAAGUGGUUACUUCCAAGGAGAGCCUUCUACAGAAUACUUCAUCAAUGUGAAGUCAAUCAAGAUCAGUGAUAAGGCCGUUGCUUUGAACACUUCAUUGCUGAAAAUUGACAGUGAAGGGUAUGGCGGCACAAAGAUUAGCACUGUGAAUCCAUACACAGUCUUGGAGACCUCAAUCUACAACGCCGUGGUCGAUGCAUUUGUGAAAACAGUUGCUGAAAUCCCAAGAGUGAAGGCAGUAGCACCAUUUGGAGCAUGCUUUGAUUCGAAGAACAUUGGAAGCACAAGGGUUGGGCCUGCAGUGCCUGCUAUUGACCUAGUGUUGCAGAGUGAGAGUGUGUACUGGAGGGUGUUUGGAGCAAAUUCCAUGGUGGCGGUGAGCGAUGACGUGCUGUGUUUGGGGUUUGUGGAUGGAGGUGAGAGGCCAAGGACUUCAAUUGUGAUCGGAGGGCAUCAGUUGGAGGACAAUCUUCUGCAGUUUGAUUUGGCUGCUUCCAGGCUUGGGUUCAGCUCCUCACUCUUCUUCAGUCGAACAACUUGUGCCAACUUCAACUUCACAUCUACUGCUUAG